AUGGCUGACACAGAGACCAGAGGACGAGGAGGAGGAGGAGGAGGAGGAGGAAGAAGAGGAGGGUGCUCUGAGGAACAGCAGCAGGCUGUGUUUAGCCACGUCCACUACCACCGCCACCGUCACCACCACUACCGAGAGGAAGGGGAGAGGGAGCACGCCCAGGACCAGGGGCCAGGCAGGGGGUCGGACGAGGAGCUGGGGGCUACUGCUGCUGCUUUUGGCCCUGCGUCAGGAUCUCCCCCGGCUCUGGACAAAGAUUCCCCAGUGUGCCCUCUGAAAGACAGCCCUUGUCACUGCCCUAAGGCAGACCACACAGACAGUAGAGGGGCCCAUGGCCACGGGACAGAGGGUCAGGGCCAUGAGCUCAGCCACCCCUCAGGUCCCCCUCCAGUCCUGGUAACCCCAGCCCCCUUACCACCCCCAACCACCUGCUGCCACCAGGACCACAGCCACGGGGGCCACCCCCACCGGAGGGCAGGCCGGCUGGGCGACUGUGUGCUCGAUGGGCCCUCGGUGCGUUUCCAACAGAACCUGGACCUGCAGGACGACUGUAGCAUCUACAUCCACUAUGACCAGGGCUACUGCUGCCCCCCGCCCGACCUGCCGCCCGCUCUGCUCUCCAUGCCUGUGCCCCUCAUCCUGGACUCUGGAGGAAUGAGGCCCCUGGGGGGCCUAGAGGAGUGGCCCUGCUGUGGAGGGCCCCACCAUGUGGUGUGGCAGAAGCGGGUGCAGCAGGCCCACUCUGAGCCCGGGCUGGGGGUCCCUACGGACAGAACCCCGCCCCCAUCCAGCAGGCGCCACCACGGUCCCCACAGCCCAGUGGACGACSGCAACACAGACUUUUGUUUAUACUGCCAAACAUUACACAAUAAUCAGGGAUCCGAGGAGGAGUCCGGCGUGUGAGGACUCGCUAGUUGCAUCUCCAACGUCACGCUGCUACUUACACAGGAGCCGGAACYGAAAUCAUCGCACGGCCAUGUUUCUCAAGUCUUCCAAAUAAUUCCACAUUUAAUAGCUGCAUUCAGACUACACUUCCCAGAAUCCCCCAGUCAGUGCUCAGAGUUCCGUCUGUCCAUCAACGAUCAAAAUGAGUCUGAGAUUCUGAUUGUUUUGAAGUUUAUUUAUUUUGACCAUCAAUUCAAACAAUAAGCACAAGUCAUGUAUGGACCUCAAAUUGCUCUAAUUCAUUGUUAAAUUCCAGUAUUUCAAUGUGUUUGAUUGGGAGUUUUGUUGUUGCUUAGUGAUUGUGUUUCAAGAUGGAGACUGACUGGGAGAUGCUGGAAAUGUUUGUUUUUUUGUUUGUUUUUCUCCGUCUUGUUUUUAUUUUGUUUUGUAAAUUACAGGAAGAAUUCAAUACCAACAAGUUCCCAGGUUUGCCUUAGUGACCAUAAGGAAUGAUCACUGCUCAGGGCUUGAMCCUCGAUUCAACAUCAUGAAAUUCCCCCAACUAUCUCCCUCYUUAGAAGUCACAUGGACAUAUUGGAUGUCUGAUUGGUUGAUUGAGUACUUAAUCAAUUAUACUAUGAGGUACUACUCAGUAAUACUUUAUUUUCCCCCACACAUCCUUAAUAUCCAUAAAGUCCUUUAUUUGUGUAGAUACAGUAUGUAGACAACCAUUGGAUCAUGUAUUACACCCAUACAUGGAGGUUUCUUGCUCUUUCCAGCCUAACUCAAGUCAGAUUCAGAAAUGUUUCCCAUCGGCGUGGGUUUCUAUGGUACUCGGAGCUACGGAAAAGAGACAAGAAACUUGUCAUUGGGGGAGAACAUUUAUUUUCUUAGCUGGACCUACAAGCAGUGAGCAUCCUGAAAGGUCAUCCUGAGAGGUCAUCCUGAAAGGUCAUCCUGAAAGGUCAUUAGAGGCUAGUAUGGGGACUUGUGUUGGUUCAUUCAAUAAUGGCAGCUGUUUCCAUCACAUUUAGUUUGUUUUGCUGUUCGGUAAAAACAUUUUUUUGUCAUUUUGUUUUUCAUGGUUAAAAGAAAGAACCAGACUGAUCUAUGUUAUUACAAGCUAUUUUUGUUUUGCUCAUGUCAUUUCUCAUGUUACCAGUGGUUACGUAGUAUGUUUGACCUAAGCGCUGGUUUGGUGGCCAGUGAAGGAUGGAGGGCCCCUCCACACAGACCUGGGUUCAAACUGUAUUUGAUAUAUUUCAAAUACUGUAGCUGUGCUUGAUUCAGCUUAUCUGGCUCCAUGGGACCAAUGUUAUAGUCCUAAAAAUGUAAACCCCGCCCAUCUGGCGUGCACUCCAGUAAGGAUAAAGUAUGCAAAUGCUCAAGUAUGUGAAAUAUUUCAAAUUCUAUUUGAACCUAAAGGUAGGUCUGCCACCAGAACAGCYGCGUGGGUGGAGCUUCGCUCGGCUCAGGAAGGACAUGAACCAUGUCGUCUGCUCUUCACCCCUGACCCCUGACCUUUAACCCCAUCACCUAUUACACAACCCUAUCAUUAUCCACCAGCAAGGAUAUUGUCUCCUUUCCAUUACCCAUCUACCAGCAGCUAUAGCUCACCAGGGGUGCCCUUAUCUUAAACAUUGUAGCAAAAUAGGAUAUACAUAAUUACUAUGUAAUAACUGGAGGAAAGCCAUGAUAAUUCAUUAUUCAUUCAACUUUGGGAACAUACAUUAUUCACAACCAAACAAACCUGCGGCCUUAAAUAGAAGCCCGGUGCCGCUCGGUCAGUCAAGCCCUUUCCCUGAAUGUCUCACUUGGAUCUAACAUCCCAGGAGAUGAAAAACACCAGAGGACAGAAAAGUCAUGUUAAAUGUGUGUAGUUAUACGGUACCCGUCAAAAGUUUGGACACUCCUACGCGUUCAAGGGUUUUCCUUMAUUUUUUUUACUAUUUUCUACAU